AUGUCCGCGAUAGCCUUGGGAACUGCCACCGGGCCAGCCAAGCUUCAGGCUGUGACAGACCUGGUGAAUAAGCUCAAUCGCAACGAUGCCUUGGAGGAGCUCAAGAUAUACGGAAGGGACCCCAAGUACGCAGAUCCCAUAUUUACAAAGGAUGGAAUCACUAUGCUUUUGAGGUUUUCAUUCGAGAACACAUCGAAUGAUACCUCACGGGCUGCCUUGCGAGUAGUUGCCAAUGCUAUGCUGUUGAAGCCGGAGACACGCCAGAUGUUUGUGGACCAAGGGUAUCCCACUCAAGCUUGCAAUCACCUCGAAACAGGUAGCUGGGAUAAUGAGUUCCUCCUCUCCAGGAUCCUGUUCCUCUCCACAUACGGUACCAGUGUUGACCUGGCAGACAUGAUCGAAAAUCACCAGCUGGCAGAACACAUGGUUAAUAAUCUGGGACGCCACGUAAAGAGUUUAUCAGAAAAGCAAAAGGGGACCUUAAACCCGAUGGAAGACUUGGCGCUUGGGGAGACCUUGAAGCUCAUGUUUAAUGUGACACACUUCUCAAAGGCACAUGUGUCGUCAUUCACCCCUGCAGUCCCGCAUAUCGUCGCCUUACUCUGGAAGCAAGAUAUAUCUGAAAGCAAACCCCUGGAUUCACCCUUUGGACCCCUAGUCAACUCCCUUCUGAAUCUGGACCUCCAAACCGAACAGAGCCAAUCAGUUUUAUUCCCCGAAAAUGAGCCCGAAAAAAUUACUUCAAGGCUCGUGGAGUUGCUGGAUAAUGGCAUUAGAGCGUACACGGGUAGUGAUCUCGAAACGGUUGUCACUCCGGUAGUCAGUCUGCUUUCCAGGCUGUAUGGAAAUGCGCCACAAUCUGUCCAACAGAACUUGCGCGAGUGCCUCUUGCCGACCGCACAGGAUCGGCAGGGUGUGCUUGGUCGUUCCGACUCCCUGCCGUCGAAGUUGCUGAAGAACUCAACCAACCCAACGGCCCCAGCGUUGCGAGAUGCUAUUUCUCAUCUCCUUUUCGACCUAUCAGACAAAGACGCAUCCAAGUUUGUCGAAAAUGUUGGCUAUGGGUUUGCCUCUGGCUUUUUGUUCCAGAACAAUGUUCCAGUUCCUGCCUCUGCGACGGGAAAUUUCAGUAAAAAUGAUGUUUCUGGUAUCCGAAAAUCCGUCAAUCCUAUUACUGGGCAGUUUUUGGAUAAAGAAAAGUUUGCCGAUGCGCCAGAGAUGACGCAGGAAGAGAAGGAACGGGAAGCAGAACGACUUUUUGUUCUAUUUGAACGACUGAAAAAGACUGGUGUCGUGAACAUCCAGAAUCCUGUUGAGAAGGCGAUCCAGGAAGGUAGAUUUGAAGAACUAUCUGAUGACUGCGUUGAAGACUUGGAUUAA